UCCACAAAAUGUGUGACGCCAAACUACGGCUUCCAUGUGCCAGACUAACCACAUCUGAAGUUUCUCAUCACACGUACACACACACACCGCGUAACGAAGAUUUCAACUCAGUAAGCAAAGUCACUGUAAUGUCUGCCCAAAAUGUACCAAAGGAAGUUCAGAACAUGAUGGAAUCAACAGAAAAAGGAGAGUUAGAAGAUGGGGAAAUCGAGGACGAAACAGGGUUGGAAGUCAUGGACGGUUUUGAUAUGAUAGCCGUAUCUAGACAUUUGUCAACUGAUCAUGACCGUCUUCCGACACGAUCGCGAUUUGCUCGCGGGCGACAAUUUAAGUUCAUUCCACCUCUGAUGUCGGUGCCAGUUACCGGUGGUGGUUCACGGGAAGAAUCACCAAGUAGAUACUUCAGAAACCGCUCCGAAUCAGUAACUGGGAAACACCCUUCAAGAAAAAGUGGUUCUAAAACAAACUGGAAUGAAACGUCUGGACAGGUGAGGGGAAGGAAACGGACACAGGAGGAAAACAGAGACCCACCACAGUCACGUGAAUCAUGGACAACCGGUGGCAGUGGGCCAAAAAGACGAAAAGAAACUGCCAAGGAAACGAUGUCAAAAAGGAAAUCCAGCCAGAAGCGAGAUGAGAGGCAGAGAGCAAGAGGCAACAGAGGACCUCUAGCAAGGGAUGAGGGAGGACCCGGUGGACCAUCGGAUGAAGACGCCUAUGAGACACUCCUACGUAAACACCAUGAAGUGCAGGAAUUAAUCAAACAAGAGAAAGAGAAAUUAACCUCAGGGGGAACAGGUCAUGGAGGCCAGAGUAGCAAGGUCAAAGGUCAAGCAAAACCAAAGAGAGCGAGAGGUCAAAGGUCAUCAUCCAAACUUGCAGGGAGGUCAAGAUCAAGAUCUGGGUUAGCAAAGGAGGUGGCUGAGGUACAUGUACCAACCAGUACUUCCUUAACUGAGGCUGCUAGUGAUGAUGAGGUGGUUGAGGUACAGAAUGAUGCGUCAGAUGAAAUCAUUGAGAUUGUAGAUGAUGAUGACGAGUUACUUCAUCUAAGACUCCUUGCCUUAGAAUCAGCAACAAAGAAUGUUACAGAGAGAGAAGAAAAAGAGAACCAAACAGAAGAGCAGAGUCAGAGAGAUAGGUCCUCUAUUUACACAGAAUCGAAGAGGGCCAAACAGAGGGAGCGACGUAGGAAGGUUAAACAGCUGUUUGAGAAGCAAGGUGUAGCUGCCGAGAUUGCUAAGGUCCAUGGAGAGAAGGAACGCUUCAACCGCUUUAUGGACUUUGUUACAAGCCGGAGCUCCUAUGCUUCUCAAGGGAGUAAAUAUAGGAGAUCACCCUCCAUUGGUAAGGAAUCUAGCAAGGCUCAUGUACUAGAGUCUUCCACGAUUGACACUGUCUCUCCAGCCAAGGAAUUCCAGUUUGAUAACUAUGAUGAGGUCGAGAUGGAAGUCAGUGAAAUAGAAGAGUCUCCAAUUGCAACGCCUGUCGCUUUUGACACCAGUGCACCGCAUGAGUUUAUUCAAGGAUUUACUGGUUCAGAGACGGACACAUCUGUAACUAUUGGACAAUCUGAUGGAGGAGCCAAUGAUGUUGCCAUGGUUGCUAAGGAUGAUGAAGAUGAAGAUGAUGAUGAGGAAGCUGUGAUGGCUUUGAGAGAGCAACUUCUUCGCUCUUUGGCUACUAAGAGAGCGGCUAAGGCUCAGGCUAAGGAACAAACCGAGGUUUCGACAGAGGAGUACAUUCCUGAUGAGCCAAUCAUCCGGGGGCCAGUUUAUGAGCCAUCUCCCAUUAUAACAACCUCCUCCUCAGAUGCUCCUAUCCCAUUUGUACAAUCAAUACAACAAUCCUCGUCCCCUAAAACAUCGUCCCCGCAGUCACUGUCCAGGACUCAGUCUCCAUUCCAGAGUUCAAGUCAUGCCAUCAUUAAACCAGUGGUUGCUAAGGCCAAGGUCAAAGUUCAACCUCCAGCUAUCCCAACCCAUAAGCCUGUUGUGAUUCAGUUUGGUGAUGACACUGAUUCCAGUGAUGAUGAACACACUUAUCCAAGUCAGAAAGUCAACCAGAUCAGCCUCCUAGAUCAAUUCCUGAAAGAAGAGCGGCGGAAAGUAGACGCCCAGAAGAACAAGUCCAGGCCCCUACCGUAUCCAAACACCCCAGAGGUGAUGCAAAAGCUCCCCGAGGUUCAACGAGCCGAGUAUCGCAAACUAAAGGAAGAGAUCUAUCGCCGAGAACAAAUAAGGCUGGGUAAAUUGACGCCUAGUGGUGGGGGUAGUCCUGGUACCCAGUCACCCAUUAAAGAUGUCUCCAUAUGUAUCACAAAGAUCGGUGACAAAAUGGAAAGGAAAGUUGUGGUAAAGGAAUCCAAGCUUAAAGAUAAAGAAGGGAAGGCAGAAGAAGUCCCGGUAGAAUCUGAUCUUAUGAAUAAAGACAAGCAGCAAGUUAUUGAACGCCAGGUGGAUCUUGCCAAACACAGAAUGACGGCUGAGAAAGAUUGUAGGAUUCUUAGUGCCUUAGAGAAACGACUUCAGAAAGGCAGCUUAAGUCUUCGACAGAUGGAAGUUAAGUUAAAACGUCUUCGAGAUGAUUUAGCUGUAGGAGAGAUCAUUGCUGCUUCCCAUCGCUCACAAAUAAAGAAAUACAAUCUACAGAGACAUCUGAUUCAGAAUAAAGUCCGAGAGCAUAUGACCAAAGAGACUGAGCUAAGAGAAAGCCUUGCUAGGUUAAAGGGUGUGGCUAUUGGAGAAGUUGGCCAAUCACAGUUAUUGUUACAAGUUGCUCAUCGUAUUCCAACAACAGCGGUUGUGAAUGGUGGAAAACAAAAAGUCAAAGCUAAUGUCAAAAAUACUGCACUUUCACCAGCAUCAGGCAGCUCUGAAUCGGAACUAAAACGUCUGCAGCGCCUUGAACGGGAAUAUGCAAAGAAACUUGAGCUAUUGCGAGAAGUGAGUAGCAAGCAAGCAGCUACAAGAAUGAAGCCUGUCCCUACCGCAGUCCGCAUCCUAACAACCAAAACCAAACUACUGAAUAAGAAACCAUCCACCCAGCUUCUCCUUAAAGACAAGAUUAUUCUUGGGAAUGAUACACCAACAAACACUGAUAGUGAAAGUGAUGUUGAGAAAUAUCUGAGAACUCAAACUAAACGACGUCGUUCCUUCCUUGAUGACAAUCCUUCCCUGAGACCAAACCUGUCUUCAAUACCUCUUGACAGUAAAAAAUUCAUUAAACCUACAACAUCACGGACUAACACACAAAGUAGUGAUUCGCAUCAUGAAACACUUUCAAAGAGAAAGGUUGAAAAGGCCAUCGAUUCCAGCCACUCUACAUCGAGUAAACAUCGAAAAGACAAGUCAAGUACAUCUACAAAAAGAGAAACUUUAGUGGAGGGGUUAACCAUGCCCAGUGAUGAACAGAUUAAACGGUUAAAGUGUGCACUGUCGGAGAAAUCCAAAACAGCUGUGGACUUUACUCAACUAGCCUCACAUUUUGGUAUAGGAUUAGAAAGGUCUGUAUUGAAGGAACAGUCAGUGAGGAGAAUGGAUGAGAUAAAGAUGAGGAUCAUUAACGAUGAGGAGACCACAGAGGAUGAAGUGGAAGAGGAGAGAUUGACAUCUACUCUGAUGAAAUACUCAAGUCCUCUUUUACGCUUCCGCUCAUAUAGGUUAAGUCCCUUUUUUGUGAAGGAAGCCAAGUUGUCCAGAUUGUCGCCAUCGUUCAGUCACAAAAUGGACCCUAUGAAGGUCUUAUGCAAGUUUGAAUUAAACGGCACCUGCAAUGAUGAUGACUGCCUGUGGCAACAUAUAAAGGACUAUGAGCUGACUGAUCAUGAGAUCUAUGCAGAUAUUCUUGCCUAUACCCCAGUGGUUGCUAACAGUAAAGACUGGCAAAUUGAAGUCAAACGAGAACAGCGUGUCAUUGAUUACAUCAAUAAAGCAGUCAAGAAGAGCAAGAAACCUGAGAGUGCUAAGAAACAACGAGAAGCUUUGUGCCGAGCCUUCGCUAAUGCUGUAACCACCAAUACCAAAAAGACAUCCUCCGGAGUGGUAAUAUCACAACCUCGGAGCUGGUCACCGCAGCAGGCCCCAACUAACCCACCCCCAUCUGACUCCACCCAGGAUCCCCCUAUUGUCCCUAGGAGUAGUAAACAAACUGUUAAUAUCAAUGUAGUUCCAUUGGGUGGUGAAGACUCUGAGAGAUAUUACUUGGGAGAUGAGAUAGCUGAGCUUGAAGCUGCUGUUGUGGAUCAGCCUAAUGAUGUUAAGAUGUGGCUGAAACUGGCUAGUAGGCUUAUUGGUGAUCACAGUGAGAAAGCGGACAUAGACCGAGGAUUGAAUGCAUUAUCAAGAGGCCUAGAGGCAAAUCAAUCCAGCUCGGAGUUAUGGAUUCACUAUCUGUGUCUAUACUCAAAGAGAGAUGAUCAUAGUGACCUAAUGGAACUAUCACAACAAGCUCUACAGUUUGCACCCAGCUAUGAUUUAUACUGGCAGUGCCUUGGCUUUGAGGACAGCUUUUCUGCAAAAGACGCAAUCUGUGAGAAGAUGAUCUCCUUCUUCCAAAGUGAUGAGAGUAAGAAUGUAACCAUCGAUGGAUCACAUGGUCUGUUAGAAGCAUUAGUGUAUAGAGUGCAGUUAUACAUCAUGACAAGAAGGGUCAAAAAAGCCAUCUUAGUACUCAAGGAUGCUUUAUUGGAUCCUGGCUCAUCCUCCGCGUUCUUGACAUCAUCAGAUCGCUGUCUAGCGUGGCUUAUUUACAUCCAUGUUAUUGAGUUCCAACGACUGCCAUCACAACUCUUUGACCCAACUGGUAGCGGCCUUGGUCAAAUUGUCUGCAAGCGGCCAUUGAUAUUCCAGUGGGAUGGCUAUGCAGCCGUUCAUUCAGCAGAGGGUGUACAUGCAAGUUUCCAGGCUCUAAAGGCAUGCAGUAACAAAGAUCAAUCUGCAUCAGAUAACAUCAAAGACUGUAUGCCUCUACAUCGCAACCUCGUCAUGUUGGAACAGCUAGCAGGAAAACAUGAGAAGGCAGAGAAGCUUUGCCUGAGGUUACUAGAUGAAUGUCCACAUAACCCUGAUGUCUGGAUGUUACUGAUUGAAGUCCAUAAACACCAAGGAUCUAGUCAUCUGGAUCAGAUCAUGAAGAAAGCCCUCCAUAGUUGUCCAAUGAGUGCAGAGCUUUAUGGUAUAUGUGCCAAGUAUUCUGUAUUGCAUAAUGAUCCUAACGGGGCAGUGGAUGUACUCAAGCUAUGCCCAUAUGCAUUCUAUAAUAUACAGGAGAAAUCAGAAUAUAAAGAUGCUCAGCAAAUACGCAAUCAUUAUAGAUCUCUUCUUGGACAAAGCCUUUCCUUGGAUUACUCUCCGCCAAAACUCAAUCCAGGAGUAACCUCGGAGCUGUUGGAGGAGCAAUCAUGUCAUCUGUGGUUGAAUUAUUGUUUACUGCAAGAAUUGACAUCUGAGGAGAGUGAAGCAUCGGAGGCUUAUGAGAAAUCCCUUUGCCAUCUGAGUCAGACUAGUGAUGCUCAGAAGCUGUGGAUAGAGUACCUUCUCUUCAAAAAGUCUCAACUUGCUAGCAGCCUUGAUAAGCACAAAGCAUUUAAGACAUUCACAGGGCUUGUUAACCGCUGUCUGGUAUCCAUGGCAACUGAGUUUCCUCUGCCACAAUCUAGAAGGAAGACUUGGCAGGACUACUCUUUUCAUAAUGGAGUUGUUGAACUGUACAUCAGAUGUCUUGAAGAUGGAGAACAGCUGGAUAUGUAUGAGACAUACAUCGAUCGUAUGCCACACAAUGUGCAUCUUGCUUUCAGGGCUUGUUGUCAUGGGAGCAAGUCACUUUCUGAUAGGGGAUGUAUUCAUCGAGUAAAACGCAUUGCUGUAGACAUCCUGAGUAAAUAUCCCGAGUGUCUACCCUUCUGGAAAGUAGUAAUAGCAUUGAGUCUCCACCAAGGAAAACUAACUGAGGCAAAGAGAUUGUACCAGCAAGCACUCGACGCAGUUCCUCUUGCAGCAAACCUCUGGAAAGAUUUUUUCCUUCUGGAGGUGGUGAAUGACAGACAGCCGGAUAAUAUCCGUAAACUUGUAUUGAAGUGUCGUGAGUUGAAAGUCAACAUUGAGGACUAUCUGAAGACCAUCUUGAAAUGAUCAUCACAAAGAUCAUCAUUAACAUUAAGAAGAGCUUUUAGUUUCUUUGGCUGGACAAUUUUUCUCGAGCCAUUUUUUAUUUUUUUAUUUUUUUUUUAUUUUUUCAUGACAAAAAAAGUCGGAUUAGUCAUAUCAACUGGUCAAUCACUGAUUUUUCUGGUUUUUAAAUAGUUCAUCUGGAUUGUUGAUAACUGAUGAUUUCCUGGUGUUUUAGUGCCAGGUGUUCACACUACCUGUUGAUCCACAACAUGAUGCAGUCAGCUGUUGUCUCAGGGGGUUAUGGUAUUCAAGUAAUUGAUUUGCCUUUGGUCUUUGGACCACGUGGUAAGUUGUCUACUUUGGAAGAUGUCUUGCAGUCAGUGCGUUGUCCUGAAGAUUCUUGGUGUCUGUGUUUUUCUAAAAUAGUUCAGUCAAGAAAUGAUCUCCUGCAGUAUCUUGGUUAAAGGGAUAACUGCAUCCAUUGUCUUUAACAUGUUUAAGUAGUUAAUUGAAAUGUCUUGUGAGGAAGUUUUUGUACCUGCAGAUUUGAGUGUUCCAGAUGUACUUAUACAGCAAUUUAAAAUCGCAUGAAGAUUGCUCCAUAUAUUUUCAUAAAUUCUAAAGUGAAUUUUUUAUUUUGUGUACAGGAUGUAGACAUUUUAUGUUUUUCUUGCAUCUAAGGAAAUAUUGACUGUGUUUUGGGUCAGUUUCGGUAGAUUUGUUUGGUUUGUUUAUAAGAGGUCAUGAUAAGGAAAUAUUGACUGUGUUUUGGGGUCAGUUUCGGUUGAUUUGUUUUGGUUCGUUUAUAAGAGGUCUUGAUACCUAUUCAAGAUAUUGGUCAUCUCAGUAACCUGUUGCAGGCAAGCUUGUUCUCAAAUGUCAUGUACAAAUAAUGGAAUACUGUCAUAUAGUUAAGUUUUGAUCCAGAAUGAUUUGUUUCCCUUCUUUGUUUACUUGCUAUGCCUUUGGUUGUUAUUACUGGCUGACACCUGGUGCCCAUGUCACAGUGCAUAGGGGUCAAGGGUUCAGCAUGAGGAGGACAAACUUAUUGGUCAUUGUUUGAGGAUCCAUAGCAUUGCGCUGUUACAGACCAUACACUGUAGGCUGGGUUUCACUCACAGGUGGAGUAUAUCCCUGGGCAUGUCAUAAUUAAGUAGCUACAGAAGUAAACCGCCUUAUUGUCGGGGAAUUGUGUUGUUAAUUUGAUUGCAUGAUUUGUCUACAAAGGAAACUUUUGACAUCUAUUGUGAUUUGGAUAAAAUUGGUCUGUUUUGAGAUUCCUUUUCGUAGUUGUGAAUGUUCAAGCAUGGUUAGGACCCACCAGCCUUGUAGUUAAUUGGAUAGUACUGUUGUGCAAUGAGUAGCCAAUGUGACAUUACAACGAGCCAUUGAUAUUAAGAUAAGGAUGAUGUCAUCAAGAGAGUAACCAAUGGGCAGACGGCUCAAAGCAAGAGUGUCUUCUAGAGUAGCCAAUAGGCAGACUGCUUAGAAGCACCCAAUGGCUACUCAACCAAUCACAUCGCCUGUAUGAUGUCAUCACCAAUAACAAUAAGCAGCUGUCAAGGAUCAGGAUUUAUUGUACUCCUAAACCUGCUGCUGUGAAGUUAAUUAUUUAAACGGACAUGAACGAUGUCAACAACUUCUAAAGUUGAUGGAGAUGGAGACAGUUUUGGUGAAUGUGAUCCAGAGCUACGUUGGUGAUUUGUAGACUGAACUUCUUAAUGGCAAUGGUAUGGGGAUGGAGUGGCAUCCAACACAGCAGGAACAGUUACGAACUGAGUGAGUAUACAAAUUGUGUGUGUAGUCUUUGUUUCCAGUCAUAAACAUCACAUUAACUAACAUGUUCAUACAUGUAAAUAGGGGUGGAAUUGUCAAGUUUUCUAGUUCUGUACUAUAAAGAUAUUUACUAAAAUUGUCAAUGAAAAAAGGCAAAAUCAGGCUGUUAUAGUUAAAUCCUCACAAAUAGCCCAAACAAAUUUCCAUAGUAAAAGUGGCCACCAUAGAAAGGUAACAUGCUUUCAGUUUUAAGGGAUCAUGAUUCAAAUCGAUAUUGAAGAAAGUGACAACCUUUCUGAUGGAAAUAUUUUGGAUUAUUCCGUUUUUUAUUAAUCAUACCUUAAAAACCGAAAUAGAGCGAGAGAAAGAAAGUAAUUUAUCACUUUUUUGUUAUUUGAUUUGGAAUUUGUACAUGUGCCGGUUAUUCAUUUCUUCAUUCCCAAUUUUGUUAGGAGAUGUUUUUUUGUUUUUUUUUUAUUGGAAUCAAAAUUCUGCAUCAAGUGUGUUUAUGUCUUGUCUAAUUGUUGUCUUGAGUGUUUUCAUAAUUUGUUUCUCCCCUUUUAUCUGAAAGGGAUCUUUGAUUGUUUGAUGUUUUAUUUAUUUUUUAUUUUAUUUUUUAACUUCAUGCUGAAUGAACAAAUUUACAUGCACAUGUACACAAUGUACAGCACAGCGAAAUGUACAGUACAUGUAGGUUUCUAAACAGAGCAGAAACGUGUUGGCAAAACAUGUUUGAAUGCACAUUCUCAUGUCAUAAGCCAAAAUAUCUACAACUAGUUGAAGUUUUAAAAGACAAUUACAGAAGAUCCAAAAGAUUUUCAUUGAUUCACUCCAUUCUGGAACAAAUACUUGAAGUGAUUUGAAAUAAUUGCCACUGGCACAGCGUUCACACCUAGCAUGUUCUAAAAAAGUUUGGCUUAGCAUAAUUCUAGACAUGUUUGAAGAAAACAAUACAUCACAGCUAUGAAAAAUGUCGAAGUCAUUAAGAAACUUGAAGACUUUGGAGACAAUUAUCAUCCCCUCAUAAAAGAAAAUCAAUUUUCCGUGUGGUUGUUUUCAUGCUCAUCAGUCAAAAGUAAGUAUUGUUAACUUUCAUGUACAUGUAUGUGACUUCAAUAGGCCCAUAAGAACAAGAGGGCGCACUGGUGAUGAUGAUUGCACAAACGCAACGGGACCACAUGGAGACACGCGCGCCAUUCUAUUCGCGCGUUGAUUAUGGACACGUUGGAGUUUGUGUUUAUUGAACGCAUAUGCGAUGCUGUUUUGUCAACUUACAAAAUGGCCACACAAACACGCACUGUGCGAUGCUGUUUUGUCAACUUAGAAAAUGGCCGCAUGCACGCAUGCUGGGCCGCGUAUAGGCCAGUACACCCUCUAGUUCUUAUAUAUGUAUUGUAACUCUAUGAGUAGGUCCCUACAUGUAUGUGACUUCAUGUAUCACACGUACUUGUAUGUGACUUCAUGUAUCAUAUAUGUACAGUAGUACCGGUACAUGUAUUUGACUUGAUGUAUUAUGUAGUAGAUGUACAUGAAGCUGAUGUGUUGGUACUGUACAUUAAGUCCAAACUAAUUUGCUCUUUUCACACAUCCUUAUUGCCUGAUGCAGCUGCAUGAAUUUAUUUGUCAUUGCAAAAACGUUUACCUAUUUUACAAGUAAUGGACUUUGGAAACUUUACAUGUAUUGGAACAUGUCAUGAGUUUUAGUGAAAUGUCAAAUAGUGUGCAUACGUGUAUAUUCUUAAAGUUACAAAUGCAAUUCCAAAAGAUGCAUGGAAGGGACUUGCCAACAUACAUGCUACAUGAUACAUAUUACAUGUACAUGUUGGUGUGCAUUGAGACUACAUACAUGUGCAUAUCAUUGCCUGUUCAUAUUUUUACAAAGUCUGAGUUAGUGUUGGGGUGUUUGACUGAAAAUAAAGUCAAUUGUACCAAGUGUAAACAUUGUACAUACAGUGAUAAAUGUAUGAGCCCAUCACACUUGAAACAAGUUCUCUUUAUCUACAUUGUAGCCACAGGCAGUGCUACAUGUACUGUAGAUUGAGCAAGUCUGUGUACAACACAGAUGGUGUCUGAAAAAUAGAACCAAUGUUUGAAUAAUGUUCUUCAAAUAGUUCUCAUUAAUGUCCCUACACCACCUUUUGGUUGUAAAUUGCUACAUAUUAGUCAUGAUAUCCUGUUGGUGUGUGCCUCCACAGCCAGGGUACAGUUCACUGAUUGACUUAGUUUUAGUGUGAUGGGCCAUCAUGAAGUAUGUACAGUGUACAUGUAUGUAAUAUGGUCAGCUUAUUUAACUUUGAGGACGUUUUAAUGCCUGAAAUGAAGGAGAUGGGCUGGUACGAAGAGAUCAUCAUUCUUAACUUCAAGACAAAUCAAGUCAAGAAAGAUCAACCCAAGAAGGAGUUCUUGUACUGUCAUCAGAGUUGUAUACACUCAGUCAACCCAACAUCAAGAGCCUAGUAAAUGCAUACACCAGCUGACCAGCAUCAAGUUCAAGGCCAAUACAACGCUACAUUGUGGUCCAACAACACUGACCUAUAUAUAGUUCUUCAUUAUGAAAUAAUACGUUCUUGGCAGUCGACAUUGUGUAUGAAUCCACCUGUAGAGCGGAUCACCAUAUUUGAUGUUUGGAUGUUGAUGUCAUGAUAAACAGAGCAAAGAGUGCAAUCUUCAGAUCUGAUUUGACAGCAGUUGAUGUACUUACACUUACCUUCAAAUGAAGAGCAAAUCAAGCAAUCCAACCAGUUAGACGUCUGCUUCCAUGAUCGUAUACAACUCAAGAUGAUGCUACAUCUAGAAGAUGCAGAAGUACAACUACACUGAAAUCUACAUAAUAACAUAUCAGAAAACUUCAAAAUGGUAGUUCUCUAUCCUUCACCAUAAGUUUAAACCAAGACCAUUGAUCUACCCACAUGUGACCCAUGAUGGAAUUCUCCUCCACAUUGCCAUAGUAGGCAGGUUGUCAAUUGAUCAUAGAUGAAGAACAUCCCUUCACUGAAUGGCUAUGCUAGUAAUUGAUACGACCAGUAGUAGUUUUCAGUAUCCUAUAAUCGAGGUAUCCGGGCAGCCUUUGAAGCUACAGGUAUUUAAGUCAACAGUGUUCAUCCCCAUUUUAGUCAACCAACCUAUGCUUGCAGAUAACAUGUUUACUCUACAUGUAUUUAUUCAUUUGGUACAUUUGAAGUGUAUAUUAUUGGUUGUUGUGUAGCCAAACCAUACACUAAUAGGAAAAAAGCAAUGGUUUCAAGAUAAUACAUUUUCUGGUAUGCAAAUGGGCUGUAAACUUAAUAUUGUACUAUUUUUUACAAGCAUAAAAGUAGGCUAAUAUACUAUAAUUAAAUAAAUUUUUAAUUAAUUUCCUUUUUUUAGAUGGAUUUAAUUUAAAUGCUAAUGUACAUGUAUGACUGUAUUUAAACAAAUAUUUAUUACUUUAAAUACAUAUUUAAAUUUACACAUUAUCUUUUGACCACAAAACUUGACAUUUUUCUGUACUCAUAAUGUUCAAGCGAAAGUCUGGUUUUACAUCGGCGAAGUUUGGGUCAAAACUUAAAAGUUAAGAAAUAUGUCCAGUGUUGUGAUCAAAAUAUAAAAUUAUAUCAAAUUACCAUUUGAACCCAGAUGAAGUUUGAAGCUAGUAUUUAAAAUUGUUGUUUUGGAUCUUUUUGUUUUGGUUGUGUGGAUGUGGUACAGUUUUACUGUUCUGGCCAAUUUUUAUCAACAAAAUGUUCAUUGUUCUCUGCAUUUAUAUGCAGGUUAACAACAAAAACAAAUUCAUUUGGUGACAAUUUAUGACUCCUUUUAUUUUAAUCAUAUUGAGUUAAUACGUUAAUUUCACUUUUUCAAGAAACGGAUAAAUUUAAACGUUGCUAUUUAACCAAGAGAAAUAACUUCUUUUGUAAUACAUGUAUACAACACAUAAAAAAUACAUGAAUUUUGUUAGGUAUUCAGUUAUAGAUAAGAAUGUACAUUACGAAGGUGGAAUGGGCAGCAUGUACAUGUACAUGUAUCUACCUUCUUCUAAAAAAUAAAUGAGGAUUUCGGAAUUGUUGUUGGCUUUCUGGCCAUUGGUGGUGGCUUUAUGUCCAUUGUUGGCUUUCUGGCCAUUGGUGGUGGCUUUAUGUCCAUUGUUGGCUUUCUGGCCAUUGGUGGUGGCUUUCUGUCCAUUGUUGGCUUUCUGGUCAGUGUUUGAUUUUCUGGCCAGUGUUGGCAUAGGACAGACACAUCAUGGUUUUUGCAUUUUAUGUUCAAUCCAAAUAUGUAUUUAAAUUUGUCCAAUUCAUGUCAAUGAUACAUAUACAGUGUAUGUGUAUUUUUCUGAACUUUUUCAGUCUAAAAUGUGUCCAUAGUUACCCACCAUCAUGAAACUUAACUAAGGAAUAACUGCAUAUUAUUUACUAAAAUAUAUAAUACUUUUCUAUCAUAUUAUUAGCAUGGGGGUGCAUGAUUUACUUUUUGUAUUGUUAUGUUUCGUUUUGUAGUUGUUGCAAUUUCUUUGCAGUAAGUAUUUAAUUAGCUUCAUGCAUUCAGUUCAAGUCAAUAAAACUUGAUGGGAAAUCCCUUUUUAAAUGGUAGCUCAAGGGUCACACAGUGCUUCUAUACAAUGAUCUUUGCCAUAAACAGCAUUCUUUAUUAAGAGUUUUCCAAAUCUUCCAGUUCUCAAGAUUAUACAGGGACCACCACUUUUUCAAGACUCUCCCAUUUUACCUUUUUUACGAAAUUAAUAUUUAUCUAAGAUUGGGUAAUUCUGGGGAAAAAAAUUAUUUAUCAGUUUGAUAGUUAUGGGCAGAGCUAAGUGUCAUGAUGCACCUGUGCAUGUUUUACUGUUACUUCCAUUUGUGGGCAGAGAGAGAGAGGUGACAAUCUUAUACAACUCCCGAUUAAACUGAAGCCUUAAGGAAGUCUCUGGUUCACUAGGAAUGUGGCCGCUUCAUGUGUACGUAUGUACAUGUAGUUUUCUUACCUUUAUUGCAAAGUGAUGUCAGUAUAUAAUGUUAUGGUUAUUACAGCUUUGGUCAAUUGUUUCUUUCACACUAGCAGACAUGUAGUUCAAGGUUUUUGUUUUUUUUUACAUAUGCUACAGUAGAUAUACAUUUAGGUGCAUGAUGUAGGGACUUAAGUUAGUGUACAUGUACAUGUAUACACUGUACAAUAGAGAUAAGAUGUAUGUAUGUGCCUGUAAUUUGAUGUGGAUGUUUACACAAAUGGAUUCAGGUGUAUGGAUUGAAUGAGAACAUACUUGCUUUGCUUUCACUAGCCCAAUAUGUGAGAACAAAGGAAAGUCCUUGAUAAUCGUUAUCAGAAAUGUGUCCUUGUUUUAGCCACAAAUGUUACCUGUACUUGUAAUUGCUAAUGGUGAGAACAAGUAUUUGACGUGUUACCGUUUUUGCCUUACUCUGCUGGGGUAUGAAAACUGCCGAUUGUGAAGAACAGGAAAAUAGCAUCAGUCACUGUUUGGAAAUGAGCUGUGAUCCAAACAAGUGUCUGACAUACCAAUGAUCAUACUUAUUUAUUACAAAACAAGUUAAACAAGUGAAAACUCAUGUGUAAAGAAAUGAAAACAAAUAAAUGAAGGUGUGCUUUGCAAUCGGAAUAAGGACAUCUGAUUUGCGCUUUUAUGUUCCAAAUUUUAUGCAUUUAUUUAAAACUGCAAUCAUAAGCUUUUCCAUGUAAGUAUUUAAAGGAAUAAUGAAUGAAAAGUCAACAAAACAUUGAUGCCAAAAUGUUUAUGCAAGUGUUCUGUAAUAUUGUUUUGUUUAACUGAAUAUUAUUAAUAUUUAUGGUACUACUUUUUUGUUACAAUAAAACCUAUGAAAUUUAAAAAGAAGAUUACUGUUCAAUUCUUUGGUGUUACUAAAAAAUAGAGCCAAAAAUAACACCUUGUGGUGUUAGCAAAAGGGC